CACCUCGUUUCGUUGUUGUUUAGUCUUAAUAGAUCUGUAGUUUUAACGCGACAGCCCUUAUAAAGUUCUCUGGAUCGAGUCGAAUCGAGGAUCUAAGGGAUUUGAAAAGAUGUCGCAACAACAGUCGUUGAUCUACAGUUUCGUGGCUCGCGGGACGGUGAUCCUCGUGGAGUUCACAAAUUUCAAAGGCAACUUCACUUCAAUCGCUGCUCAGUGCCUCCAGAAGCUCCCGUCUUCCAACAACAAGUUCACCUACAACUGCGACGGUCACACCUUCAACUACCUCGUCGAAGAUGGAUUCACCUAUUGUGUUGUUGCGGUUGAAUCUGCUGGGAGGCAGAUUCCGAUGGCGUUUUUGGAAAGAGUGAAGGAGGAUUUUAACAAGAGAUAUGGUGGGGGAAAGGCUGCUACUGCUCAGGCUAACAGCUUGAAUAAAGAGUUCGGGUCUAAGCUGAAAGAGCACAUGCAGUAUUGUAUGGAUCAUCCUGAUGAGAUUAGCAAGCUUGCUAAGGUGAAGGCUCAAGUGUCUGAAGUUAAGGGUGUUAUGAUGGAAAACAUCGAGAAGGUUCUUGACCGUGGUGAGAAAAUUGAGCUUCUGGUGGACAAAACCGAGAACCUUCGCUCACAGGCACAAGACUUCAGAACAACGGGGACGCAGAUGAGAAGGAAGAUGUGGCUUCAGAACAUGAAGAUAAAACUCAUAGUUCUCGCCAUCAUCAUCGCUCUGAUUCUCAUAAUCGUGCUCUCAGUUUGCCAUGGCUUCAAGUGUUGAAAUUCAAAACUCUCUUGAGAUCUUUCUCACUCGGUACAUGAUCGUACUGCCUUUUACCCUUUAUUGUCCUGUCAUCAUCAUCAUCCUUCUAAUGUUUCUGCUUGAAUUGGUUUUUGUAUAGAUAGACAUAUAUAUAUAUAUAUAUGUAAGCCACGUUUGCUAUAUUGCUUGAUCCCUUAAGAGAGAUCUAAAACUAUUAAAAUGAUUUUGUGGACUGAUGACUGCUUGUGGUGUAGAUGAUAAUAAAAUGAUUACUAUAAAUGAUUGUUGUUGACCUUAGGUCAUCAAA